GAUGGCACAGGGAGACCAGCUCAUUUCAUUUGCCAUUUGGAGAGAUGACCAUUACUUUAGACGACGUAGCUACUCUCCUUCACAUAUCACCGAAUGGUAAAUUUUUUGAUGCACCUGUGAAUAUGAGUACUAAUAAUGCUGCUAGAGCUGCACAUGAGUACUUAGGUGCAACUUGGGAGGAAUCUCUAGCUGAAAUUAAUUUUAAUAAAUGUGCCCAAUAUAGAUUGCAGUGGCUGCGUGACUUAUAUAGUCGUCUCAUUCAAACUAAUCAGUUUGAGUGUGCGGCUAGAGCGUAUCUAUUGCACUUAGUUGGCAGCACCAUUUUCGCCGAUAAAACGCAUACGCGUGUGGAGGCGAAAUACAUUAGUUUAUUUAUUGAUUUAGCUCGUUGUCGACACUAUUCGUGGGCUGCCGCGGCAUUGGUUUUCCUGUAUGAUAACAUGGGAGAUGGGGCUGUCCACGACACUCGACAGUUAGGAGGUUACAUGACCCUUUUACAGUGCUGGAUCUACGAACACUUCCCUAGGAUCUGUAAGCGGGGCGAUAGAGGUGCGGUUCCUGCACAUCUUCCAAGAGCAUGUAGGUGGAUUGCAAAACAUGCUGUUGAAGGUGGAUUAGUGACCUAUCGGCAGAGACUUGAUGCUUUGUUGCUUGAUGAUGUACUGUUUACACCAUACGAUGAUGAUCGAGCUAAUCAUCCGUUUGAAGAUAUUUCGAUGUUCUCUGGUUAUCUUCGAUGUGGUGGAGUCUCAGUCCCAUAUUUGCCGGAGCGAUGUCUUCGACAAUUUGGUCGUAUUCAGUGCAUCCCGCCUGAUGUUCCUCCCAGGCCCCCUAGUGUAGAUUGGGUGUGGCAGACUACUAUGCAGUCAUCUGUAUCGGUGUUUCGGAGGCUAUAUCAUGUUGCGAGUUUUCCUGGAGAGGUCACUGAGGACUAUUAUCCAUGGUACAUGUCUGUGUCACAUCCUCUGAUCAUUCCUCGGUCUACUGCACAUGCGGGUACAUCCUCUGAGCAUCCAUCUCACCAUCCAUCAUCUGCUGCACAUGUGGGUACAUCAUCUGCUGCACAUGCUGGUCCGUCAUCGUCUGACCGAGAUCGUAGAACAGCUGAGCUUGUACGUAGAGGCAUUAACUUGGUAGAGCCGUUUAGUGAAAUUCAUGAGAUUUUAAGUGAGUUAUGUCUUAUGUACGAUGUUUAGUAAUUUGCUAUAUUUUGUGUUAUGUACUGUAAUUUGAGAUAUUUUGGGAUUAUGUUAUAUGUUUAGUGAUUA